ACUGAAAUAAGAUAUCCACAGAAAUCUCUAGAAAUCGCGACAAAAAGUGAAAAAAUAAUAGUCGGAAAUCAUGAAGACAGUAGCCACUUUACUCGCGUUUACUUUCAUUGCCUUAAAUUACGUGGAAGCAUGUGAUAAAUCCUCCUGUACUCCCACUCCAUCGCAUUAUGAAGAACUGGGUUGCGAGCCAAUUUUCGACGAAGAGAAAUGCUGUCCGAUUCGAUUCGAAUGCCCGGAGCGUCUCGAAAAUGGACCAAACGUCGGUUGCCAAUAUAGAGGCAGAUUAUACAAAGUUGGUGAAUCGAUCAAUGAACAAUUUCUACCAAAACGUUGUGAUGCAGAAUGUGUAUGCGAACAUUGGGCUGACGAGAAUACUUACAUGUGGAAUUGUCGCGGUAUUCCAAAGAACGAACUCAAUGAGUACGAGGCCGAAUAUAAACUCGCCCGAGAAUUGGAUCGAAAAAUUGAUGAGCAAACUCAUGAGCCAAUCGAACGAUGUGCAGGUUUUGCUGUCACCGACACUGCUGCAUUGGUGGCAUUAAAGAAGACCAAAUGUGUGUUCGAGGGUAUUGUUUAUAAAAAAGGCGAGAAAAUCACACCGGACGGUACAUGCAUCGAGUGCAUUUGCGAUGAACGCCUCAAAACUCAAGAUUUGGAUAUAAAUGUGCCACAGUGUCAGCGAAAGCAAUGUGCCAUCGGCGUCAGCGGUGAACAACACGAUUAUUUGAAUCGUGGAUGUGCUCCAGUUUAUGAUAAAACUGCUACGAUAUGCUGCCCAAUCGAGUGGAGAUGCCCCACACCAAAUGAUGUCAUCAAGAAGAGUGGCCUUCCUUUGACGAAUGAUCGAAAAAUGAAGUGCGCAUUUGGAGAAAAAUCGUUGAAUUUGCUCGAUCAAGUUUUGUAUGAAGAAGGUGACAAAUUGAAUUGCAAAUGCUACAUUCCUCCAAUGGUUCACUGUUUGAAAAAUGCGGUGGUUUAAUUAUUAACAAAGUCCAUUUUAAUUAGGAAAAAAUUGUCAAAUUGAGAUAUUGUUUUUUUUCAAUUAUUUUUUUAAAUAAAAAACUCUUUGAUACACGA